AUGGCGGAAUAUAAUUUUUUCCACAGAUUUUAGUUCAUUUUUCGAUGACAAAAUGAGAAGUUGAGAUAAAAAAAAAUGAAGUCUAAUGGCUUCUAAACUAAGACUUCAUGUAGUCUGCACUUCCAGAGACAAGCGAUUUUUGGUUUUAGCAGAUGAAAACUGGUGUCUCGAAGACGUCAAAGAAUGCAUUGAACUUGUGUUCCUUAAAUUGUAUCCCUCUGAGCAAACACUAAAAGUCUGCAAGCUUCAAAAUGAGUUCCAUUUUGAUCUUCCCCUUGACUACUGUGUUGGGGACACUUUGACAGAUGCAGGGCUUUUGUUUGCCAUUGAAGAAGACCAGAAAGAUGAUAGAAAUCCACCAUCUAUCUUACCUGGAGCAUCAGAUUUAUAUUGUCAAAAAAACACCAAAAAACCCGAACGAAAAAACAAAGUAAAAAGUCCAAGAAGAGCAAGCAAAAGAAAAAUAUCAACUGGUAGUGAUGGAGAUGGCACGUCAAGUAAUGCUGUCACCUCAACAACUGACUCACCUUUAUCUUCAGUUAAAGAUUGUAUUGAAAAUUUGAUGCCACAAGUCAUUGAACGAGUUCCUUGCGAAGACUGUGAUGUUGAUAUUGAGACUUUGGAAGACUGACUGAACUAUACAAUCAAGAUCAAUUAUUUUUUUAUUGAUGAACCUUUAUUAUCAAAAAGAAUUUAAAAUACACUUCAAAUUAGAAUUAUCAAUAUAAAUAACAAUUAAUUUUGUUAUUAUUGUUUGUUUUAUAUUUUCUAUAUGAAUCUUGUGUUUUUAUUGGAUAAUAUUUCAAGAAAUAAUAAGUGGGGUUACAUGGACUCCACACAUUGUAGCUCCUGGAAGAUUGAAUAAAAUUUCAAUUUCUUUAA